AUGUUGAACAGAACUCUCGCUCGACAGAUCGUCUCCGUCAGAAACUUCCGAUCUGGCUCUUUCCAGAACAAGUUCAACCAAGUCCCACCAAAGAAGGUCUACUGGGGCUCUGCCAAGCUCUCUGGUGAAGCUUUCCUCGCUGCCGGCGCCAUUUUCUUCUUCUGGGCCUUUGACCGACUCGCUCGAGCUGACUUCCUUUACUCCAAGUUCCACAUGUCUGCCUCUCACUUCCAGAUGGAUAACAUCAUCAUCGUCGAUGGCAAGUACCGAUACAUCCCCACCAAAAUGCACCCCGCCGAGCACGAGAAGGACGUCUCCUACAUGUCCAACUUCACCGAGUACGACUGGACCCCUACUGAUGGCAAGGGCAUCUAA